AUGUUAGCAGCACCCACAGGACGAGAGCUCAAAGCGCGACCUUUUCGAGUCGUUUACUCGCUACGAGACCCCAUCAAAAUGUUGAGAGAGUUGGUGAAGGAGCGACUGAUGGCGGCGGUCGACGAAAUAUUGGCGCUGUUUGAAAAAACGAUCGCGUCGUAUGAGGAGGAACUUUCUCGAACGAGAGAGGAGAACGAGCUGCAUCGACAACAACUGGAAUCUGUUUACAAGACGCACAUUAUGUUACGCGUCGAAGACCACCAGCGGAUGAUUGGUCGUCAAGAACGUCCCCCUCAGCCGCAGGGGGAGCCCCAGCUCCCCCACGUGAAAGAGGAAGAGGAGGAACUCUGGAUCACUCAGGAGGGAGAGCGUCCUUUCGGGUUGGAGGAGGCUGAUCUCACCACGUUGCCAUUGACUGUCGUCUCUGUGAAGAUUGAAGACCACGAAGACAAACCACAAGCAGACAACCUCUUAGCUCCACUAUCGGAUAAUGACGACACAACAUCACACUCUCCUGAGGAUGAAGACAGGGGCCACACCCGAGAACCUUUCAGCAGCAAUACAGACUGCAGAGGCGAAGGGAGGGUUUGCUCGGAAAAGAAGACUGGUAAAAAACAGUUGAGCUGCUCCGUUUGUGAUAAAAGUUAUGCUAAAAGGAGUACCUUGACUGGACAUAUGAGAACCCACACAGGAGAACAUUUUACAUGCUCACUUUGUCCGAAAAGUUUUACUCAAAAGAGCCAUUUGACACGACACAUGCGAACACACACGGGAGAAAAACCCUUUAGUUGCUCAGUUUGCGAUAAAAGAUUCUCUCAAAAGGUGCAAGUGAUUUUCCACAUGAGAACACACACUGGAGAAAAACCUUUUAGUUGCUCAGUUUGUGGCGAACGAUUCUCUCGAAAGGAAUCCAUGCUGUCGCACAUGAGAACGCACACAGGAGAGAAACCCUACAGUUGUUCAGUGUGUGGCAAAAGAUUCUCUGACAAAACUAAUAUGGGGAAACACACGAAAACACACACACGACAAAAAUCUUUUUGUUGCUCAGUUUGUGGUCGAGAAUUUGCUCGAAAGUCGAACAUGGAAUUCCACAUGAGCACGCACGCGGGAGAAAAAACCUUUUAGAUGCUGAGUUUGUGGGAAAAGUGGUUCUGAUAAGAACUUUUCACACGUCACAGCAUGUGAACAUACAGUACAACAGGGAAUACCCCACAGGCAUGAUUCAACUUUCACACCCCUGCAAAGGGUCCCUGACAUGAUUCAUCAGCAUUGCUUAAAUAGGUUGUAUAGUGUUUGUAAUUAUGUUCUACAUUGUUCCAUUUUUCAAACCCAAUGGGAAAUUAGCAAAAAUGACAUUUAUAGUUGAUGGCGCCAGCCAUGACAAGCUAGCUCUCGCUGUUCAGCCUAAUUUCCGGAAGUGAUGUCAUCGCGGUGACGCCUCUCAGCUAAAGCGGAGUAAACAAACUCUUGUCCAGGUAGAUGGUGGACUUGGUUCAGUAUAUUUUUCAUCCAAAUAGUAGUCCUGCCAAAAUGUUGUUUUGCUGCUGGAUGUUUAGAAUAUCCCAGUCAUACUGUAAGUUUGUUUUCUUUUCCAAGAGAGGAAGCUUUAAGACAACAAUGGACGAAGCAAGUGCAGAGAACCGGAGACAGAUGGACGCCCACCUCCAGUUCUACUCUUUGCAGUGAUCAUUUCUCUGAUGACUGCUAUGAAGGAAAUACCUUUACGAGAAGCAUUUGGCUUGAAAUCAAGCAUUUUGAAAAAGGAUGCUAUUUCGCCAGUACACAGGGAAAAAACAUCAAAACACGGAAGAACGACCACUACGUCAAAGUUGCCGUAGAACAGAGUAAGUCAUGUUUUGAUUACAUAAUGUCUUCUAAACACUAUUCCAUGAUAGUGACAAGGCUGCAAAGCAUUAUACAAGUUAUAUAAACAUCUUUUCACAGCCAUAUGUCCACAGUGGAGGUGGGCAACAUUUAUCCACAUAUACAAUCAAACAGGCUAUAAAGACCCCUUUGCGCUCAUUAAGAAGCCGAUUUAAAAGAAUGAUUGAAGGAUAAGCAACUCCAGAGUAAUUUACACUCUUCAUCUCCUUGUCUUAAGUCCAUGUUCUAAAAGUUCUCUAUUUCUCCAAAUGUUUCUUCCUCCUCGGAAACUAUCGAAACGUUGCUCAAAUCUUGUCUAUAAUCACUGUAAACAUCCUCUGUCUUGUACACCGCCACGUUUGUUUAUCUGAGGGAUGGUGUCGAUUCUGGAAAUGAGGCUAAAUAGGCUAAAAAGUUACUAAUAGUAACUUAUAUAUAUGUGUAGAGCUGAAACAAUUCAUCCAUUAUCCAAAAAAACAAGUGUUUUGGUGUUCGACUAAUGUUUAUUUUAUUUAAAAAUGUAAAUACAUGUGAAUAUUAUUGGAUUUCCUUAGUCAUCCAUGAAAGCCUAGCUAUUAUCUAUGUGUUUUGGGUAAAACAAGAUAUUCACGCACAUCAGCGUUGACUUCGGAAAACAGCGAUGGGCAUUUUUUGCCUUUUGUCCGAUGUGUUGCGGACCGCUAGCCGUUUGCGCUUGCUUCACAUCGAUCAAAACAACAAGCUUCACAUUAAUCAACUAAGAGGAUAAUGGUUAGUUGCAGCUCUUAAUAUGUGAUAGUAGAGAAUAACAUGUGCAACAUAGUAGGGCAUCACCAUAAAUUGGGCAGUUUUACCUUGAUAACAAUAAAUGCCUGAUAAAUCCGCGACCACUAAAUGUCUUUGCCAUAUGAAAAUAAUUGUAGAAAAUGCAAAUUGACUGCUUUGCAUUGAUUUAUUGACCAACUGGCACACAUUACUUCUAAUGAAAUAUAAUGCAUGUAAUUGCAAGCGGGGCAGCACGGUGGCCACAUGUUGGCGACACAGUCAGGAGAUCGGGAAGAUCUGGGUUUGAAUCUCCGUUGGGCAUCUCUGAACUCUAAAUUGUCCGUAGGUAUGAAUGUGAGAGUGAAUGGUUGUUUGUCUAUACGUGCUCUGCGAUUGACUGGCGACCAGUCCAGGGUGUACCCCGCCUCUCGCCCAAAGUCAGCUGGGAUAGGCUCCAGCGUCAUGGGACGCACCUAUACCGCCUAUAAAGCCUUCUGAAAAACCUCCAAAAAGCGCCAAUAGUGCUUCAUUUGUAUAAGGUGCUUUGGGUGGUUAUGACAGUUUUCAUACUCGAUUUGCAUUUCGUGUACGUCAGCGAGUGCAGCUUGUACGGCUGAGAUGUCAUCGUGCGUCAACGCAAGUUGCCGAUGUGGCCUGGGUGGAGUCACGUGACUACACGCUGUACUUCGUCUUAAAGGGGAAUGAACAUAGCAUACCAGCACACACAGUCAAAACAGACAAAAAAACCCUUUUAUAUUCUUUUUUUAUAAAAACACAGAAUUUACCUACAUGGGCAAAAUGACGUCGGUGAUCGUGGUCAAUUUUGGUAACACAAAAUUUUUGUUUUUUUGCCCAGGCCUAAUAUAUAGCCUACAUUGGUACACGCAGUGCAUAAGUAGGCUGAGCUGACGUCAGGAAGUGGCUUUAGCAGGAUUAGCUUCUAAAGUAAAACCGUCUUAAGCAGCUUCUUACUCAGUCGGAGGCACGGUUGUAGCGCUAAGCCUGACGACCACAUCUGUACUUAUUAGUAGUAGUAGUAUUGGUAGUAGUAGUAGUAGUAGUAGUAGUAGUACAUCAAUGAUAAUGAAAAUGUGUUUGUGUUGUGUCAGUUUGUAAUAAAACGGAAUGACAAGUGGUUUAAUCCUGUGUAUAGGACUCAUUCUAAUCCUGCAAACUUUUAUGACGACAAUUGGUCACACUUGGUUCAGUCGGAUUGCUAGGGUUUAAAAAGCAUCACGUCAGCCUGUUGUCUCCAGGUUGGGUUCUUUCCCUACACAGUCGAGACACGUGUUGUCGUGACGUUGACCAAAGGCCGCCACGUCUAUGGAAUCAUGGCGCCAACCAGUCUAGCAUCUUUGAGGCUUUGAGCCCUUUUCCCAACAUUGCCCACAUCUGGUCUAAAGGACGCACGGGGGCCUCAACAAGAUCUUAUGGUGGGCCUGGUGGAACCCUUACCAGGAGUCACGCUAUAUGUGUGUCUAAUAGGCUGCUGGAGGAACGUUAGUCAUCAGUGCCUACACAUUCCUGGAGCACGUGUGGAAUUAUACAUGUCUGAUAAUGGAGUCUCAUUAAAGUAUCAGAUACUACAAACACAAGUUGAAAGAUGGCAGUAAGGGGCUAUCCACGCGGAAACGUUUUCAGGUCAAAACGGCAAAGUACUUCAUGGUUUCAGCUAGGGAUGCUCCGAUCAGGAUUUUAUGCUGCCGAUUCCGAUACCGAUCAUCUAGGACUGUCAUCGGCCGAUAGCGAUCACAUGGAUUAUUUAUACAGUUUUCUAUUUAUUUAUCGUAAGUGCUAUUGGCCAUGGGUGCCGUAUAAAGGGGAAAGGUCAGGGCAAUGCCAAACUCCCUUGACUGCCAGGGGACCCGAAAAACAGGUAAUUACGAAUAAAAUUUGUAAUUAAUUAAUAAAGGGGGGCAAUGUGCCUGCCCCAGGUGGGGGACUUCAUGUAUCUCGGAAAGUGAGGAAGGGUUGGAGCGUGAGGUCGACAGGCGGAUCGGUGCAGCGCUCUACCCGACCGUCGUGGUGAAGAGAGAGCUGAGCCGGAAGGCAAAGCUCUCUCGUCGUGACCAAAAGAACGAGAUUGCAGAUA